AUGGCCUUAACAUUGGCAAUAGAGGCGGAACCCAAAGAACCGGUCACGUGGAUGGUACCCUUGAUGGCUUCACAGCUGGAAAAUUCAUCAAGAUCGGAUUGA